GUUUUGCUUCUCAUGAAUAUGCCGCAGAGGGGUCGGGGCGGUGCUGACUCCGAGCGCGGCGCGGAGGCCGGUGAGGAGCUGCUGGGAUCCGGUGUGGCCAGAAGCUGCCAUCCACUUUCUUGCACCUAUGCAGAACCCAAACCAUGACUCCCGUGUCCUUGGACAUCUUCUUUGGGUCCAUGAUUGGCUGUAGACACGGUCUACGUGGUUGGUCCUGUUCUCAACCCCUUCUGUGGAGCAACCUGGUCUUUUACCUGAGUCACGGGAGCUUGUGCACCCCAGCCCGGCCUACGAUGAGGCAGCUGCCGGGAAGGGGCUGACGCGUGCACUGAGUUCAUCGAGCCUCAGCCCAGGUGCCACCAUGGCCUCCCAGACACACCCCCUGCGCCCCCCACCUCCCUGCCCUACCUCCAAUGGCAGCAUGGGGGCCAGAGGUGGGCAGCCGGCAGGCAGCCCCGAGACAGGUGACACUUGCCUGAAGCCGCCAGUUGGGCCCAAACCCCGCAUGCUGCCCAAACCGGCUGUACCUGCCAAGCCCUGCACCCCGGCACUGUCCCCUGGGUCGCGGCCUCCCCGCCUCGAGUUCCCCUCUGCCGAGAAGAUCAACCUGCUGGCGGGUCCCAAGCCAUACGGUGGCAGCAGCACAGCCCUUAAACGCCUGUCCUUCGGCCUCAAGAGCCCCCCAGGGGAGACCUCCAAUGGGAAGGGGGCACCGCCACCUGCAGUGGGAGCCCCACUCUGUACCACGGAAGAGAGAUCGCUUGCUCCUGUGACGCUCCCUGAUCAGGGGCCCCUAGGAGUCCUCAAGGGCACUGCCCCGUUCAAAGUGAAGCCGGUGCCAGUGGCGGCCAAGCGGGAGCGCUUCCCCGGCACCACAGUGGAAGAGAUCUUGGCCAAGAUGGAGUGCCCCUGCAAAGAGGGGUCGGGCAGUCCUGACCCGGCCUGGGGCCCGCGCUCAAUCUUCAGCCCUGAUGGCAGCUCCCGCUUCGGGCCCAAAGGCUAUGCCGCCUUUCGGAGACAGCCUAGUGCUGAGGGAGGGGAAGGUGACGCCAUCGCCCCCCGCUUUGAGGCCUCCUGGGUAUCUGGGCCCCCCGAAGCACAGGAGAGCAGAGCGUCCUGUGGGGACAAGCCGGUCGCUGGCAGGAUGAAGAGGGAAGGAAGCCCGAGUCCCAUUGGAGAACGCCCGCCAGAGCCCUCAGAUGGAGAAGCAGAGAGACACCCUGGCUCAGCCUCCAGGGAAAGUGGCUCCUCCCCAGCCAGCGCCAGCUGCAACGGGGACCAGUCCGGACGCAGAAAGCCGCCGUCCCCCCCUGGUUUUUCCUUGGCCCGGACCUGUCCCAUCCCUGUGGCUCCUGCUGAGCUCCCGUUCAGGGUGGCCCCUGGCAACUCUGCUGGCCUUGCCCUGGCCCCAGGGGCCCUCUACCUCCCUGCCGAGCAUCCUGCCUCAGCCCUGGGGUCCCCUGCUGUGCCUGCCGAGCUCCCUGCCCUGGGCUCGCCCCCUGCCCACACUGAACUCCCCACCAGUGUUGGGCCCGGCUUCCCAGGCACCCCUGAGUCUCUGGCUAAGUUCCCCAUAGGCCUAGUCCCGGCCCCUGAUGCUCCAGCUGAGCUCUGCCACAGAAUCUCCUGCUCCCUGGGGUCUCUGGAGGCUCCUGGUGAGGGGUCCCAACCCCCCUCUGGCCUCCCUGCAGGCAUGGCACCAGGCACUCCAGAUGCCCCCGCAGAGCUCCCCCGUAGCCCCCCUGCAGGGCGGGCCCUGGCCCCAGGCAUCCCUGCUGAGCUGCCCCACAGAAUCACUCAAUCCCCAGGGGCCCCCAAAGCUCCUGUUCCAUCCCCAGACACCCCCAAUCUGUGUCCUAAGCUCCCCACCAGAGUCUCUUGGUCUCCGGGGUCCCCCGAUGGACGCACUGAGUCCCCAGUGUCCCCAUACAGCUCCCAAUCUCCUGAGCGGGGCUCCCCUUCACUCUCCAGUGAUGCGGAGCCAUUCACAGGGCCUGCGCCAGCAGAUGAGGACUUCCAGUGCCCACAGCUGGGGCUACAGCGCUCCUCAGAUGGGGUGGUGCAGCUGCCAGACAAGGAGCUAGGAAUGGGAGUGCUGCGGGGCUCCCUGGCUGCCCUGCCCAGGGGAGGGCCCCCCCACCCUGGGCCACCCCUGGAGGGUGAGUCCAACUGGAACCUGUCUCAGUCAUUUUUGUGGGCGUUCCCAUCCCGGGCUGUGGAGUGGGAGCCCCCCAGGUCCCCCCUUAGAGAGGCAGAUGACUCUGGCCUCUCUGAGCAGGGGGACUCGGAAGGGGAGGGCCUGGCCCCCAGCCCCAAAGGGUCUGAGGAAAGCAGCAGCUCUGAGGGGCAGAGGGCAAGGCAACUCAGCACUGCCCUGGAUUGGCAGGACGCCGAGGCUGCAGGGAGUUCUGCCCGCCUGGAUGGUGCCAUGGGGGCCCCAUGUGAUCAGGGAGCGACUGAGGUGGGGGGCCUGGAGGCCACAUGUCCUGGGGGCCCCGUCGCACAAACGGAGGCAGCCGUGGCCGAGCUGAAGGGCCCUGCAGUGGUGGAUGAGGUGGGCACUAUCUGGGAGGAGCAAGGCAGGCCACUGCUAGGCGCCCCCCUGCGGCUGACCGAGCCAGAGCCAGACCAGGAGCAAGCCGCCCCAGUCCUGUUGUCUGACACUCCCCGGCCAGUUGGUGCUGACCAAUGCCAGGAGGACGACUUGGCGUCAGUGGGGAGCUGCCAGGAGGGCCUGAGGCCAGGCAGGGCGGGUUCUGAGCCACAUCCCAAUGCACGCUGGCUGGAUGAGCUGCUGGCAUCGCCCCCGCCCAGCGCAGAUGAGACCAAGAGAAAGGGCACGCCCGAGCCCAGGGACCCUGCAGGGCCAGAGGAUCUCCUUGGUUGGUCGCGGAAGGAUCUGUGCAGCGAGUUUGGCAUCAGAGGGGCCCACCGGGCCGGUGAGUUUGGCUGGGCUGGCGAGACUGGCAUGGGGAAGACAGAAUGGCCCGGCAGUUACAGAGCUGGUGAGACAGAGCAGGAUGGGGAGUUUGGCACCGGCACACGGGACUGGAGUGGCGUGUACAAAGAGACAGAGCUGCUGGGUGAUUCCAACGUGGGACACGGAAACUGGCCUGACGCCUACGGCAUCGGGGACAGCUGCCGGCAGGAAGGGGAGUUCAGCCCCGGCAAGCCAGACUGGAGCAGCCAAUACGACAUUGGUGGUGCCGACAGCUCGGAUGGGGAGUUCAGUACCAGGAAACUGGACUGGACCAGCACCUACGUAAUUGGGGACAACACCCAGCAGGACAAGAGGUUCAGUACCAGCAAACCAGACUGGACUCCUGAGUACAGUGUGGGUGAUUCAGCCCGGCAGGAUAGAGAGUUUGGUACCAGCAGGCCAGACUCUACCCAUGAGCCUGGUGUCGGUGAUAUUGACCAACAGGAUAGAGAGUUUGGUAUUCGCAAGCCAGACUGGACCCGUGAGCACGGUGUCGGUGAUACAGACCAGCAGGAUAGAGGGUUUGGCACCAGCAAGCCAGACUGGACCCAUGAGCACGGUCUCAGUGAUACGGACCACCAGGAUAAGGAGUUUGGUGCUGGGAAGCCAGACUGGACCCAUGAGUGCAGUGUCAAGACCAGUGGGCAGGGUACAGAGUGGACCCGUGAAUAUGAAGUUGGCAAUACUGCCCAGGAGGACAAGCCAGAUUGGACCCGCAAGUUCAGUGAUGAUGCCCAGCAGGACAGAGCGUUCAGCCCUGACAAGCCAGCUUGGCUUGGUGAAUAUGACAUUCACCAUACAGAUCAGGAGAGUGCCUUUGGUUCUGGUGUUGGAGACCCCGACAGCUCAGCCGAAGAGCCUGGUGCCAGGAAGCCAGGGUGGAGCGGCACCAACUGGCAGGAGAGCAAGUUUCUCUUUGCUAGGAGGGAUUGUGUCAGUGAUUUCAGGAUCGGAGGAGCUGAGCACGAAAGCCAGUAUGGUGUCAUUGGGACUGAGCGGGCAGGUGGCUUUGGCUUGAGUGCUUUGGAUCCAUCUGGUGCCAUCGGGACCCUGGGCCCAGCAGAGCUUGGAGAGAGCCAGACUGACUGGGCUGGCCAUACCAGGACUGUGGACCUGGAUGAGCCCAGAGAGGCUGGUGUGGGACACUCUGACUGGGCCCAAGAUCUAGGACUCCAUGGCAUAGGUCCCUCUGUUGGCCUGGGGGCAAUCAGUCCUGAGGAGCCCAGCAGGGGAUGGAUGGACUGGACAAAUGAACUGAGCGUGAGCAGCAUGGAUCCGUCUAGCAGUCUGGGGAUGGAGGGCUUCGAUACACCCAGAGAGCCUGGCGUGGGGCAGCCAGACGGGGCCAGCGACCUCGGUACGGGAGGCCCGGCCACAGCCCGUGGCUUCGAGAGCGUGGGCCCAGCAGAGGCCAGUGCGAGACAGACUGACUGGAGCCAUGAGUUCGGCUGUGGGGACGAGGGGUCCGCUGAGACCAGGGAGGCUGGAGCAGGGCAGAUGGACUGGGCCAGCGAGGUCAGGAUUGGACGUGGGAAACAAACCAAUGCCACAGCCAUGACUGGCUUGGAGCUGCAUGGAGACAGCAGUGGCCCCGGCAGCCCCCAGCUCUCUGGCCCGAGCCCCCUUCUGGAAGAGAUGUUGGCCAAGGCAGUCGCCCAGCGCAAGAGCCCCAGAGAGGAGAGGGGGCUGCCUCCUAGCCCUGACGCCCACCCCUCCCCCUUACCACAAGAGGAGGAUGGCGGGCCCCGGCCCGAAGGGGAUGGCGCACCCAGCCCGUCGGAUGCCACGGACAGGGACUGGCUGCCAAUAGAAGCGAGGAAGCUGAGCCAGCCAGGGCGCUGUGGGAGCCAGCCCUCCCCGCCAGGCGAGGACUUCGCCUUCCUGGAGGGCAUGGAAGUUCUUGACAGCACCAUCUACCGGAGCAGAGCCAACCUGGGCCGCAAGCGAGGUCACCGGGCGCCGGCCACGCGCACUGCAGGCACCCUGGCACUGUCUGAGGUGGAGGUGGCCGACUGGAUGUUCCAGGACUCUACAGAGCCCAGAGCAAUGCGCUGGGUGUCCUCAGAUGAGGAGGCGGCAGAGGAGCCCCAGAGCCGGUGGACACGGCCCUCGCUGGCGGCCAAGGGGUUGAAGGUGCCACUCUUCCCAGGCCUGAACCCCUCAGCUCUCAAGGCCAAGCUGCGGGGCCGGAACCGCUCUGCAGAAGAGGGGGCCCAGCUGGGGGAGGCCAAGCCAACCCCUCCCAAGGAGCCCCACGUCCAGCGCUCCAAGUCCUGCAAGAUUCCCGGCUUGGGGGGAAAACCCCUGGUGCUGCCCCCCAAGCCAGAGAAAUCCUCAGGGUCAGAUGCCACCUCGCCCCACUGGCUGCAAGCGCUGAAGCUGAAAAAGAAGAAAUCCUGACGGCCCCAUUGAGGCCUUUCUCUCCUGCUGCUGGGGCUGGGACAGCUGACUCUCCAAAGAGGCUCGUCGGGGUGGAAGAGGGGACGGCGCAGUGAUGGGAGACUCCCCUCCGCCCACCGUGCACAGCUGGGACCCCUGGCAGGGCAGUUUGGGGGUGCAAGUGGGGGCAGAGGAGGCACAUCUAUGCACUUUGUAUCACACUCGCUCUCUCCCCGAGCUGCCGGGUCCCUCUGUCCCCGUCCCUGCAAGCUGGCUGCUUCCUCCGCUCUGUCCUUUAUACCAUGUACCUGGUCUAAAGCCUCUAUUAUUUUGUAAUUGGUGACAGGGCCCAGCCCUGACCCUUCCCCUCUAUGUCGCGGGCAGGGGGAGUCCUGGGGCUAGGGAGUUGGCUCACUCUCUGCUGCUAUCCUACACUUUCCCAGCCAAGAGCAACAGAUUACUUUUUCUAUGCCACUUGACGAAACAAUAAACGAUUUUGGGUAAUGGUGGGGGCAGCUGCA